CUUGAUAUGAUGUUCUGGAAAUUUGCCGCCGCCUCCUCUUUUUCCGCAAAAAUGAUAGCCGUCUUGCCCAAUCGCGACUCAAGUAGAAGCUUGUCCCCGCCUGUUUCUGGCUCUUGAAAGUGCCUGGACUAAUCAGCGCUCGCCUCCGUGUGUUCAGCCAUUUUGUAAGAAAAUCAAGCAAGUCUGCCGCCCUACCUUCGCUUCAGACCUCCAGUUUUUUCUUGUGCAAUGGACGGCCGCCUAGACGCUGACUUGUAUCCUCUGGGAUCCGGCUACGUCCCUGAAAUUGAAGGUGUCCAUGACAUAUCAGUUGGCACAAAGAGGGGAUCCGACGAACUCUUUUCUUCCUGCAUAUCCAACGGGCCCUAUAUCAUGAAUGCAGCCAAUGGCAACGACAGCAAAAAAUUCAAAGGUGACGUCCGCAGCCCUGGUGUUCCGUCACGUGUGGUCCAUGUACGCAAACUGCCCAACGACAUAAAUGAGGCUGAAGUUAUUGGCCUGGGACUGCCCUUUGGGAAGGUCACUAAUCUGCUGAUGCUGAAAGGGAAAAACCAGGCUUUCUUGGAACUGAACAGCGAGGAGUGUGCACAGACGAUGGUGAGCUACUACUCCUCUGUCACCCCUGUCAUCAGAAACCACCCCAUUUACAUGCAAUACUCAACCCAUAAGGAGCUUAAGACGGACAACUCCCCCAACCAAGUGCGUGCACAGGCAGCUCUGCAGGCAGUCAAUGCACUGCACGGAGGUGGGAUGGGAGGCAUGGCCAUUCCGGCUGAUGCAGCUAGCAUGGGAGGAGCAGGGUCGCAAAGCCCCGUACUGAGAGUCAUAGUGGAAAAUCUCUUCUACCCCGUCACCCUGGAUGUCCUACACCAGAUUUUCUCAAAGUUUGGCACCGUGCUGAAAAUCAUAACUUUCACUAAGAACAACCAGUUCCAGGCUCUGAUCCAGUAUGCUGAUGGCCUAACAGCUCAGCACUCCAAACUGUCUCUGGAUGGACAGAACAUCUACAAUGCCUGCUGUACCCUGAGAAUCAGCUUCUCCAAGCUCACCAGCCUCAAUGUCAAGUACAACAAUGACAAGAGCAGGGAUUACACCCGACCUGACCUCCCCAAUGCGGAUUCACAGCCCUCCAUUGACCAUCAGACCAUGGCUGCUUUUGCUGCUCCAGGGCUAAUCUCAGCCUCUCCUUAUGGUGGAGCUCAUGCCUUUCCCCCAACCUUUGCCAUCCAGCAGGCAUCAGGUCAGUACUAUACAGUACAAGGGCUGUCGAUGCCUGGUAUUCCUGGCCUGGCGUCCCUGGGUGUGGGCCAUGGUGGCAUGGCGGCUGCUGCAGCUGCUGCUAGUCGCCUCGGCCUAUCAGGGCUUACGGCCUCUGGGGGCCACCAUGUCCUGUUGGUCAGCAACCUGAACCCUGAGAGCGUUACGCCACACUGCCUCUUUAUUCUUUUCGGUGUGUACGGCGAUGUCAUGAGAGUGAAGAUCCUGUUUAAUAAAAAGGAGAACGCUCUGAUCCAGAUGUCUGAUAGCACACAGGCUCAGCUAGCUAUGAGCCACCUGAAUGGCCAGCGUCUCCACGGCAGGGCUAUGCGUGUGACGUCAUCAAAACACACCACAGUGCAGCUGCCCAGAGAAGGCCACGAGGACCAGGGCCUCACAAAGGACUACAGCAACUCACCGCUGCACCGUUUCAAGAAGCCUGGCUCCAAAAAUUACUCCAACAUCUUCCCACCCUCUGCAACACUCCACCUCUCCAACAUACCGCCUUCUGUGGUGGAGGAUGACCUCAGGAGGCUUUUUGCCAGCUCAGGAGCCACAGUCAAGGCCUUCAAGUUCUUUCAAAAAGACCGUAAGAUGGCCCUGAUCCAGAUGGGCUCAGUCGAGGAGGCAAUUGAGUCCCUCAUCGAGUUCCACAACCACGAUCUGGGAGAGAACCACCACCUUCGAGUGUCCUUUUCAAAGUCCACCAUCUGAGUGCCUUUGCUUCCUCCUCCAAGUCUAUUGCCAUCUGAAUGCUACUUUUGUCAAGGUUGCUUUCAGUGGAAAAGGCCACCAUUACAUGUAUAUGGCUGUGGUUCUUUGUAGAAUGUUGCUCCCUUCACUGUUCUUAAUCAUUCCGUCAUCAUUAGGUUUGGGCAUCACAUUUUUAUCGUUUUUGCAUUCGAUUUCUGGUUCCAGUCAUAAAUAUGGUUUUGUCAUAAAUUACCAAAAUAUGUUAAACGUGCAGCAUUAUUUUCUUGAUUGAAGCUGUGAUUAAACUGUAUUUCAGCAAAAAAUGCAAGGUAUUUCAAAAUGCCAC